GCAUCUUCGGCGGGCAACCCCGCGAGUCUAGCACAGCGCCAGUGGGUGAUUCGUGCCCUUGAAGGCCCGGUUUCAUCAUUGCCAAAGUGAAUACCGAACUGCUGUCGCUGGCCAUUCAGCUUGGUCCGUCUGGCGCGCAACCUGCAUACACGUCCAGCCCUACGACCCAUCUUCCGCCGCGCAUAAUCGCGCAUGACUGGUCACGUGUAUGCGCGUGCUCCACCCGAACCACGUUCACGCUUACUGCGCUUUCCUUUAGCCCCACCGCCGUCAGCACGCCUACUGAUCAACCAUGGACGACAUCCUCAACGAGCAGUUUGAGCGCGUCGAAAAGGCCCUGACCACGCUGGUCGACUCAAUCGCCGCCUACAACCCAGCCACGCAAGCUGCAGUCGACUUGGUAGCUGCUGACGACGAGCUCAGUGAAGGACUGGAUCAACUUGCCAAACACCAGGCAAACCAUGUGCGCAUCCAACACUUGCGCGCAGAAGCCGACGCUCUCGAAGAACAGCUCAAAACGUCCGUCAAGAAGCUCGCCGAACUGCGCCACGAGCUGUUUGACACGUCUGUGACGACAUUCCCAGAAGAUUCACGCGCCGUCCCGUUCGACGAGCUCUUACAGUAUGCGACCAACAUCUCGAGAUACACAGUGCCGCCGACGUACCGUGAGCGCAUUCCUGCAGCAGACAAAGACAAGGAGGACGAAGACGUCGGCUCGAGUGGAGCCCCUACUAAUGGCCUCAACACGCCUGCUCUCCCACCAGAGACUGUAGAAACGGCGACUGAAGCUGUACAAGGGCAGAAGGAAGGCGAAGAUGCUGCUGGUCCUGCACUCGAAAUCACGCCCGAAGAAGAAGAAUGGCUGAAGAAGCUCAAAGCUAGCAACCUGGCUUGGUAUCCGUGGCCCAGCAACGAAAAGAUCCGCGCGGGCGCUCUCUUCAGUCUCCAGUACUGGCGCGAGAAGGGCAAAAACUUGGACGAAUUCAACAUACCUGCACAUCUCAAAGCAGACAGGGACAAAGUACUGCAGGAGCAGCAACAGCAGGAUGUGGCUGCACAGGAGGUGGCUACAGAUUCUCCAGGCAAAUUAAUACCCCAACAGCUUCCCUCUGAAAACACACACCGUCCUAAGCCACUCGGGGUCUUUGCAGGCUUUGAUGACGAUGACGAUGACUGAUUGAUCACAAUCCAUCAUGGAUGACAAGUCUCGUUGGAUGUAGAAAGGCGCUUGGGUUCAGGAGCUGUACCUAUCACUAAAACUUUACGUAUACCUUUACGAUAGAUUUUGCCGAGAUAGUGUUUUGAAAGUAUAAUUCAGAAAACACGGGCUCCUUCGCAGGACAUCUAUACCCCGAACGUCAUGUCAAGAG